CCGGAGCUCCGCCAGGGGGUCCCCAUCCCCGCCUGACGGCGUGGUGGUCCCCCCCCUCCCCCCGGGCCCCGCCCCUCCCCAGCCGCCCCCCAGGAUGGGCUGCCUGCAGAGCAUCACUUGCAAAGCGCGGGUCCGGCGGGAGGGCAUCGCCGUCUACGACGUCUGUGCCACCAUAGACCAGGCCCCCACCCUCAUCGAGGAGACCUCCCCCAUCGUCCUGCGCUACAAGACCCCCUACUUCAAGGCCUCCGCCCGGGUGGCCAUGCCCCCCAUCCCCCGCCGAGAGACCUGGGUGGUGGGCUGGAUCCAGGCCUGCAACCAGAUGGAGUUCUUCAACACCUACAGCGACCUGGGCAUGUCGAGCUGGGAGCUUCCCGACCUGAGGGAAGGGCGAGUGAAAGCCAUCAGCGACUCGGACGGGGUGAGCUACCCUUGGUACGGCAACACCACGGAGACGGUGACCCUGGUGGGCCCCACCAGCAAGACCUCCCGCUUCUCGGUCAGCAUGAACGACAACUUCUACCCCAGCGUGACGUGGGCCGUCCCCGUGAGCGACAGCAACGUGCCGCUGCUGACGCGCAUCAAGAGGGACCAGAGCUUCACCACCUGGCUGGUGGCCAUGAACGCCACCAGCAAGGAGAAGAUCGUCCUGCAGACCAUCAAGUGGAGGAUGCGGGUGGACAUCGAAGUGGACCCGCUGCGGGUCCUGGGCCAGCGGGCCCGGCUGGUGGGCCGGGCCCAGCAGGACCAGCCCCGCGUCCUCCACCGGAUGGAGCCCAUCCCUCACAACGCACUGGUGAAGCCCAACGCCAACGACGCCCAGGUCCUCAUGUGGAGGCCCAAGAGGGGGCCGCCGCUGGUCGUCAUCCCGGCCAAGUAGGGGUCCUCCGGGCGCCGUCGAGGGGGGCCGGGGCCAAACUGAAUUUCUGAGCCAAAGGAGGCCUUCUCCCCGCGCCUGCCGCUCGGGUCCCGGGGAAGCGAGGCCGGCGGAAGCUGGGGGGCUUGUGCGGUGGGGUGGGGGGUGGAGGGGGUCUCCCCCCGGAGUCCCCGCGCGGUCCCGGUUCUUGGGAGGGCCUGCCCGCGAUCCGGCAGAGUGCCUGGGGCCUCCGUCGCGUCCCCAAUCCGUCGACGGCGCUCUAUCGAGCAUCCCCACGGGUCGGAGGCGGAAUUGGGAAGCCGCCCCGAGACCGUCCGGCGGGGGGGCUCCCUUCGGAUCCGGCCCCCGCCGCUCGGCCGGAAGGGAUGGGCGGGGGUGGGGGGGGACCCCACGCGACGCCGGGACGUUUAUACCUAUGCAUUCGUUUUGGAUCGAUAGAAGGUCGUCUGUGAGGAGGGAGCCGGGCAGCCACGGUGCCAACGCUAGGCACCGUGGAUGCACCCACCUGGGUCGGGAUCUCCUCAGAAUAUUGUUCCUCCCGCACCCCCUUGGCGUGGAUUUCCUCGUUGUCGUGCAGCGGGCCGGGAUCUUCAGGAGCCCCUCCGCUCCCCGCGUUUUCAGAAGGAGAAGUCCCGAAGGGCCACGUAGUCGACGGCUGUUCUCUUCUUCCUCUAAACCGACCCUAACGUUUGCCAAAAGAAAAGCCCGGUCUUGGCCACCUGGGAGACCUGUCCUGGCUCUGGACGUGAAGGGGGUUAAGCGAGCGUUUCCGUCCUCGGGUUGGGCUAACAGGUGAGGUGAUGUGUUCGAACACCAUCUCCGGAUGACGUAUCUCCCGACCGCCUCAUCUGAAGCAUCUGGGGCAUCCCUGGAGGUUCGCGUAGAUCGCGCCCACCUAUAGCUCGUGGAUUAUGAGCCCCGUGAAGGUCCCUGUCUAAUUCCCACCUUCCAUUCGGCCGUAUUUAUCGAGGGCUUUUACGCUCUCUCCCAGCGCUCAGU